UAAACCCACAAUUCAUUAGCCUAUUUAGAUUUCAAGUGUACGUUUCCUAAGAAAAAAAAAAAAAAAACAGAAAACUUAUUGAGCUGCUACCCCUCCCUCUUCCUUGCGGCAUCACUGCUGUUUCCGCGGUGCCUGCCAGAGUGCCAUAUUUAAACCUAAAAGCUAAAAAUGUGAAGAAAGAAUAAACAAUUUGAGAAUUAGUAUCUAAUUCAGCAGUGAGCAGUGAGCAGUGUUAGAUUUUGUGAAUUAGGGUUCGUAGUUGUGGCCAAAUGGCCAACCAGUUGUAUGGGUACUCAAGCCCAUCACCUUCCGCCUCUCUCUCUCUCCGUUAUUUGGACUCCGACUCCACUACUCAUUCACAUUUCCUUCACCACCUCCAGCCCUGGCCUCCCACAGUCGACGUCUCUUCCUCCGCUGCUGCCGCCCCACCCAUCAAACGCCCCUCUCAAGUGCUCUACCAUCAGAAUGUUUUGGAUGCCCAUAACACAAUUGGGCAGAUUGAAGCUUGGUAUUCUACUAGCUCUUUAGUCAAGCGACCUAGAUUCGAGAGUUCAAGCAAUUUACCUAUAUAUCCUCAGAGGCCAGGAGAGAAGGAUUGUGCUCAUUAUAUGCUCACAAGAACCUGUAAGUUUGGAGAUAGCUGCAAGUUUGACCAUCCUAUUUGGGUUCCCGAGGGUGGAAUCCCAUAUUGGAAAGAGGUUCCACUUCUUGCCACUGGUGAAUCCCUCCCUGAGAGAGCCGAAGAGCCAGAUUGUCCUUUUUUUCUGAAAACUCAAAGAUGCAAGUUUGGUUCAAAGUGCAAGUUCAAUCAUCCAAAAGAUAAAUUGGCUACUUCUGGUGAUUCUGAGAAUACACAAGUAUCUGUCUUACCAGAUAGGCCCUCUGAGCCCCCAUGUGCUUUCUACAUGAAGACUGGAAAAUGUAAAUUUGGUGCGACCUGCAAAUUCCACCACCCAAAAGAUAUCCAAAUACCAUCAUUUGGACAAGGCAAUACCAAAUGUGAGCAGAUUGAAGCAGUCACCAAGAUUGGGGGAGCAACUGUAGAUCUUAAGCCUGCACAAUUUCUUAACUCCAAAGGACUUCCAAUAAGACUGGACGAAGUAGAUUGUCCAUUCUACUUAAAAACUGGCAGUUGCAAGUAUGGUUCUAGUUGCCGGUACAAUCAUCCUGACAGGAAUGCAUUCAAUCCACCUGCUGCAGCGAUAGGCCAUUCCCUUAUAGCAUCUGCAAAUAAUCUAAAUAUUGGAGUUGUUACUCCAGCAUCCUCUUUAUAUCAAACUAUUGAUCCAAGAUUAAGUCAGACAACACUACUUGCACAACAAACAUUGCCAACGAUGGGUGUGGCUCCAACUGUGUAUCCUCAGAGACCUGGACAGAGUGAAUGUGAUUACUACAUGAAGACUGGGGAAUGUAAGUUUGGGGAUAGAUGCAAGUUCCAUCACCCCGUUGAUCGAUUAGCAUCAACAACCAAUGAAACUUCUCAGCAGGCUGUUAAGCUCACACUUGCAGGAUUUCCUCGGAGAGAGGGAUCUGUUCAUUGUCCAUACUACAUGAAGACUGGAACAUGCAAGUAUGGUGCAACAUGCAAAUUUGAUCACCCACCUCCUGGGGAGGUCAUGGCUAUGGCUGCGGCGCAAGGAACGCCCACAACAAUAGGUCAGGACUAGAAAGGAGACGUGAAAUCAGAACUAUGAGAAGCCGUUAAGAAUGACAAAUUAGAUGGUUUUGGUAGCGUGAUGCUUUGGAAAUCAAACUUUGGAUGGACAAUUGAAUGUAAUGUAAGGCUUUGUUGAUUAAGUUUUGAAAAAGCUUUGCUAUUUUAUUAGUUGAAUUAUUGGUUGCAAAUGAAUUUGUAUUUGCAGUAAUAGAUUGUGUAUAUUUCUUUUCCAAGUACUAGAUUGUUUGAUGUUUGAGAGUGUUUGAUCAUCCAUAAGGUAUGUUUGGUUGGGCUGUCAGGUUCAGGUGUCGGAUCAUUUCUGAUUUUGGUUUGGGUAUUUUUAGAUUUGCAUCAUUUUGAGUUUUCUAUAUGAUUUAUUUUGGGAUCCGAUUGACCCCAAGGAGUUUCUAAUUUUUUAAAAUUUCUUCUCAUUGAACAAAGUUUGAUACUGUCUUCGAUCAUGUUAUGAGGUUUGAUCGUACAAGU